GUCUGUUCCAGCAUGCGCGACAGAUGCAUCAAUGACUGCCGCUGGCAUGUCUCCCUACACCUAAACUUCAGAUAUGCGUCAGCUUUAUUUGCAAAGCUAAUAAUCGUGUUACAAUGGUGAACAAAGGGCGACGACUACGUGGUAUCUUCACGAACAAGCAGGGCAAUCUAUUGUCCUCUAGGGUUCUCUUAGCGAGGCUGGCAGCAAUAUCGUGUACUUCCUAGAAGCUGUUUCUCUCACGGUACGGUAGUUGUCUUUGCAUAGUCAACUAAUCAUGGUUCGUUGCGUCUCUCCUCGCGCCCUGGCGGCACAUCUCCUUCUGUACUUCCUUUUUCCUUCCGCAGAUUUGGCACUCGCUGCAGGCAUGAUUGGCGAAAGAUACGGCCACCAUACCACAUUUACCUCGACUUUAACAACGACAGUAACAACCAUGACGAGCACAAUUACGCUUGGUACGCCGGGACAUAAAAGCACCACGACAGAAACAGCAACAAGCACCGUCACGCUGGUACCCGCGCCAUCUACGAGCGCAUCACUCGCCACGGAGGCCCUGAGCAGCACGAAUUACUACCGAGCACAGCAUCAAGCGAGGCCGCUUAGUUGGAACACCACGUUAGCCUCAUACGCGCAGAAUUACGCCGAAGCCUGCGUUUGGGCACACUCUGUAAGUUUCUCAUCCAUCCCAUCGCAUCGAACGUGACAUGGCUGACGUAUGACCCAGGCCGGUCCUUACGGCGA